AUGGCGUCCCCGAAGCGGCUCCCGUACUCCUCCGCGGGCGCUGGCGGCGGAGCGAGGCGCGGCUCCGGCGCGCUGCCGCCGGUGGUGGUCCUCGUCUUCCUCUUCGUCCUCGCGCCGUCGAUCUUCUUCGUCGUGCGCAGCGGCGGCCACGUCCACGUCGCGUCCGGUUCGCAUCCCAGGGGUGCUGAUGGCAACCAGGAAACAGAUUGGCAAGAGCAACUGGCAACAAACAAUCUGAAAUCUGUUUUGUCUAAGGAGGUAAUCGAUGCUAUAGCUACUAGUCAACAAGAAACAGGCACUCUGAAUCUUGACUUCUUUAGGGAUCAUCCCUCUCCUUCUUGGAAAAAUGAUGAUCUAGUUGAUCACAAGAUGAAUACUAAUUUGGUUGUUGACGACAAGGCAAAAGCUCAAAACAGUUCUGCAGAACAUGUACCUCUAAUAUAUAAAUCACCCAAGGAUGGUUCAGAUGGACAUCAAGUUGAUACAGCAGCAAAAAUAGCUCGAAGGAAACUACGGGAGAUAAGGCGGGAAAAGAGGGCAAUGGAUUUGGUACGGAAAGAUGAUGAAGCGCUUGUUAAGCUGGAGAAUGCGGCUAUUGAGCGAUCGAAGGCUGUAGAUUCUGCUGUCCUUGGGAAAUACAGCAUAUGGAGAAAAGAGAAUGAGAAUGAGAACUCAGAUUCAACAGUCAGGUUGAUGAGGGACCAAAUUAUUAUGGCUCGUGUUUACUCUGUGCUUGCAAAAUCAAAGAACAAGCAUGGUCUUUAUCAAGAACUGCAGAGCCGAAUCAAGGAAAGCCAUCGGGCUGUAGGAGAGGCUACUGCAGAUGCUGACCUUCAUCGCAGUGCACCUGAUAGAAUGAGAGCGAUGGGUCAAGUUUUAACCAAGGCCAGAGAAGAAUUGUAUGAUUGCAAGGUGAUAAGUCAGAGACUAAGGGCAAUGCUUCAGUCAGCAGAUGAACAGGUCAGGAGCUUGAAGAAGCAGAGCACAUUUCUCAGCCAGUUGGCUGCAAAGACGAUUCCAAACAGCAUUCACUGCUUGUCUAUGCGCUUAACAAUAGAUUACUAUCUCCUUCCUGUGGAGAAACGGAAGUUCCCGAGGAGUGAGAACUUGGAAAAUCCAGAGCUCUACCACUAUGCACUUUUCUCGGACAAUGUCUUGGCUGCCUCUGUUGUUGUAAACUCAACCAUCAUGAAUGCUAAGGAGCCUGAGAAACAUGUUUUCCAUCUUGUGACUGAUAAGUUGAACUUUGGAGCCAUGAACAUGUGGUUUUUGCUGAACCCACCUGGCAAGGCCACUAUCCAUGUUGAGAAUGUGGAUGAAUUUAAGUGGUUGAACUCAUCGUACUGUCCUGUUUUACGUCAACUGGAGUCUGCUGCCAUGAAAGAGUUUUAUUUCAAGGCUGAUCGUCCCACCACUCUUUCAGCAGGUUCUUCAAACCUAAAGUACCGUAACCCCAAGUACCUUUCCAUGCUGAACCACUUGAGGUUUUAUCUCCCAGAGAUCUAUCCAAAGUUGGAUAAGAUACUUUUCCUCGAUGACGACAUAGUUGUGCAGAAAGAUUUGACAGGAUUGUGGGAUGUUGAUCUAAACGGAAUGGUUAAUGGUGCGGUGUUUACCUGUGGAGAGAGUUUCCACCGUUUUGACAAGUAUCUUAACUUCUCAAAUCCACACAUUGCUCGGAACUUUGAUCCUAAUGCUUGUGGUUGGGCUUAUGGGAUGAACAUCUUUGAUCUCAAGCAGUGGAAGAACAAAGAUAUUACUGGGAUCUACCACAAGUGGCAAACCAUGAAUGAAGACAGGGUUCUUUGGAAGCUUGGGACACUUCCACCUGGGCUCAUGACGUUCUACAAGCUGACGCACCCCCUUGACAAAUCGUGGCAUGUCCUUGGAUUAGGAUACAACCCAAGCAUAGACCGCUCGGAGAUAGACAAUGCUGCUGUCGCUCAUUACAAUGGGAACAUGAAGCCAUGGCUGGAGCUGGCAAUGACCAAGUACCGACCAUACUGGACAAGCUUAAUAUCCAAUUUGUUUGGUCAGCAAAAUCAUGCUGAACCUGUUGAACGCGUGCCUGUGGUUGGUGUUAAUGUGUUGCUUAGAGCUACUAUAGCAGAAUUUCUGGAGUGA